CUGUCACCCAUCAACAGUGAAUGGUCAGGAGUACGGCGUCAUCGUCACCACUCAAAAGCAAGAAAACCAAAUUUUCUGAAAAGUCGUCAACUGAAUAUCGAGGUCCUGCAAAAGUUAAGUCAAGGACUACGUGACGUUUUGAUUGACAGCAUGCCUCGAUUUGAUCAUUUGCCCACCAGAGUAGCACCUGCAAUAACGCCCGAUGUGAGCUUUGCGCAAGGGUGGACAGUCGAUAUCUGGUCUCACCAGCAUGGAAGAGAGCAGAUUCUCUAUCGAGACUGCACACUCACAACACUAGUGCGAGCAUCCGCGCUCUUUGAGCGUCUUGCCCGCGUGGAAUGCUCCAAGCCCCUUGGGUAUGGUCAGAAAGCCAAGAUCAAAUUUUCCCUUCCUCGAGGGAUCGCUGGCGCAGCUUUUGUUCGAAUUGUUGAAUGGAUCAACGCCAUCAACGAGAUCAGCGCGCACGGAGACAUCGAGGAUCCUCAGAUCACAACGUUCGAUGGCGAUGGGCUGACGCAGUAUCUGAGGCUGCUCCAGGCGGCAAAUCUGCUGGAGCUGAAGCAUCCUCUGCAUAACCAAAAGCGGCUGUUAGAUAUGAUCAAAGCUACGAUUAAGAAAUCUUUCGACACCAAGAAUAACAGCUUCAAGAACAUCUCGAUCACAGACAGAGAGAUCGGCAUAAUCUGGGACUUUGGCCAAGGUGAUCGUGAGAAUGCUGUCGUCAAGCUCCUGCUCGCUUUGUUUGUCGACGCGUAUGACGUGCGUAAGGAGUUCCCGACAAGGUUUAAAGAUAACGUUGUGGCACGCUUUGAUUCUCUUCUAGCAAAAAAUGAGGACUUUCGGUCUGCGAUCAUUGACGUCAGAACAAAGAAAAGCACGAGGAUGCGUGAAGAGGAGCGUGAGCGAAAAGGCUUGCCGAAGGGGCAGUAUCCUCAGAAAACUGGCCAGUCCAAAGCACAUUCAUCGCGAAAAGGUCAACACUACUACAAAGAGAACAAAAGCAUCCAAAAGGCUGUCAUGUCUGAUGAUAUGAAUCGGUGGCAUGAACUGGAACUCGACGAGAAGCAGGUCGAUGCGCUGCUGCAUAGGCCAGAGGAGUUUCAGAUUCCGUACGGCAAUGGAUACGGCGUGGCAUCUGGCGAGCGAAGCUCCGAUGACAACAAGGGACGGGUUUGCCAUGGCGGCUGA